CGAAAAAAACAUUAAGUGCAAAAUAAAAUUGUAAACAAUCAUUUAAUCUAUAAACUUCACACAAAACUACAAACAUAAACUUGCAUUUAACUCGACCACAAAAUUAAACUUAAUUUUCUGCAAACGAAAAAAAGACAUAUUUAACCACAACAAUAAAAAAAAUUACAUUCAAACAAAUUUGACAACUUUCUCACCAAAAAUUUAAAAAAAAAAAACAAGUACAAAUUAAUUUGAUCAGUUUUAAAAAUGACACAUAAUCGUGAAAAUUUACGUUUAAGUUUGCACGAUUUGCAACAGACCACUACAGCACCCAUUAAUACAUCAUCCAGUUCAUCUAGUGUAUCGCAAUCCAUGUCAGUGAUAGCAAAUCAGGCCAUAACCACAGUGGCCAAUAAAUUUACAAAAGGUGGAGCAUAUCAAAAUGAUAAAUGUGAAAGAUUGAAAAAAAUGACAUCGAUAACAUGUUCAGAUUCUGAAGAUGAUUCCGAGAGACGAAUACAAUUGGAUGGCGGCGGUGGUGGAGGUGUUACUAAUAAAUGGAAUGUUGGUGGUUAUGAGGGUGACACCCGCACCCAUAUAGUCCAAGAAAUAUUCCGCAAUGAACAGUCGUAUGUUGAGUCUCUACAAACCAUGGUCAAUCGUUAUUUAAAGGUUUUAAAAUCACCCGAACAUGCUGGCAUUAUUGAAGCGCGUACUGUUGAUGAGAUUUUCUUUAUGGUUCCCGAUAUUUUGGAAAUACAUGAGAAAUUUUUAUCAGAACUACGCAAUCGUCUGGAUAAUUGGGAUACUCAACAGAAAGUCGGUGAUGCUUUUAUGGAAACGUUCUCCAAACUUGAAGUCUUGGAAGUGUACACUUCAUUUGUUAAUAAUUGUAGUCGUGCCAAGAAUGCUAUACGCAAUACUAAACAUCAGAGACCUGCAUUUGCAAAAUUCUUGGAAACAACCGCUCGAGAACAUAAGGGAAAGUUAACAUUGGAUUAUUUGCUUAUUAAACCAGUACAAAAGUUUCCAAAUUACGAGUUACUAUUUCAAAGACUUAUUAAACACACCGAUCACGAUCAUCCCGAUCAAAAGCACCUGCAAGACGUCUUAAAGCUUGUCCACGACAUACUAGUGCACAUCAAUUGCAAAGAGCGUGAAAUACUCGAAAAUGGUCAGAGAGAGGCAACACUCAGAGAGUUGGAGGGAGUGAUCGAAGGCAUAACAGAUCUCAUAGCACCAGAUCGACAAUUUUUACUAUUCGAUUUGGUAACAAUGCCUUCGGGCCAGGGCGCACGCAAAGAAAGAGGUUUCUUUCUCUUCAACGAUCUAUUGGUGUUGACGAGCAUUAAGAAACGUAGCGGCACCAUACGAAAACCUAAUACCACCAUUUGCCCCGGUACAGUGGCCUCAACAUUGGAUACAAACAAAUAUAAAUUCUUAACCAAAAUUUCUCUAGAUUGUUUGGAAAUUGUUAAGACUAAAGAUGAAAAUGUUAAACGUAUAAUGACUGAAAUUGAAAAUUUGGCUGAUGAUUGCAAUAAAUUGCAACAGAUCACCGACAUAACCGCCACUCUUAAAUGUCCUCAUCAGUAUUUGGAAGAUGUUAUCAGAGAAUUGCAUCGUGAUGUACAGCGCCAAUUGUCAGAGAGACAAACGAAUGAUGCUCAAUUGAAUAUGCUCGAAUUAGGUGUAAAUUCACCAAAUGGUACUCAGAAAUUAUGCAUAGUAUUUAGUAAGUCUGAAAAGAGAACCCAAUGGGAGGAAACAUUUAACGAAGCCAAACAAAAAUUAGCCGCCACUUUAGAAAAACAUCCCAUACCUGAAUUUCUAACCUCUAUACCCAUACGUAAAACUAGAGCUGGUCUCCAAUUCACCUGUGCCGCCGCCACUUUAAGUGAAAAACGUGAUGUUUGGGUUUGCAACAGUGACGGCUAUGUGGGCCAAGUGUGUAUAAUGUCUCUACAUCCCGAACCGAAUGUGACCAGUUGUAAUGGUGUUUGUAAUGCUCGUAUUCUCUGCGUUGCUUCUGUACCUGCUUAUAAUGCUCAUAAAGCUUCCAUCAAAUCCAACUCCUCCAAUGAAGAACACUCUGCAUCAUUGUCAUCGGGACAACAGCAGCAGCGUUCCUCCCUACCCCCCAAUAGUUAUACUCAACAGUUGUUAGAUUAUCGUAAGAGCAUUUCACCCAACUAUUCCACACCCAACUCGGCCAUUGGUACACCCGAAAAGAAACGAAGUGAUAAGACACAAACUAAAGCUGCAUCAGCGGCUGCCGAUUUGGCAGCGGGAGCAACAGCUGUGGCUGGCAAUAGUAGUGAUAUUCAAUUAGAUUUAAAUUUAAGUUCAAGUGAUGAAGAGGCUGAUCCCAAUGCUGCAGCUGCUAUUUUGGGUGGCGGUAGUGGCGCAUCUAUGUCGGCUGGUUCUAUUGUGGCGCCAUGUGAACGAGUACCCAGUCCUGCACCUUCCACACACACUACCGGACUCAACGUCAACGGCCUCGACGGCAUUGUUGGUAGUAGUGGUACUUUAUAUCAUGGUCAUCAGGACUCAAAUCCCGAAGAAAGUGAUGGCAAUCAAUCAACCAUGUGGAUUGGUACUGAAGACGGUUGUAUACAUGUCUACAACAGUACCGAUAAUAUACGCAUCAAAAAGAAUCGUAUUAAAAUUGAACAUCAUUCGGCAGUCUAUUCCAUACUGUACCUGGACAAUCGUGUAUUUGUGGCUUUAGCCAAUGGUGAUAUUUGUGUAUAUUUACGCGAUGGCAUAGCCUGGAAUACCACUUCAUCGCAUUGUUUAUCGAUCGGUACCGUUACAAGUCCCGUUACCAAAUUGCUCAAUGUUCACGGCAGAUUGUGGUGUUCGAUACAGGGCAUUAUUAAAGUUUUGGAUAUAGACACAUUGGCGGUUAUAAGUCAAAUACAAAUUUCCUCGGAUUCCAAGCCCAUAACAAACAUGUGUGUUUCCAAUAAUUAUGUAUGGAUAUCAAUACAAAAUUCAGCUCAUAUUAAAUGUUUUCAUUCCAAUACCCAUCAAUUAAUCACUGAAGUUAAUUUGGCACAGGCUGUGAAUAAAAUGCUUUCAAAUUGUGAUGAAAUUAUACGUCAACAUAAGGCUGCUUGCUUAAGGGUCACCUCCCUACUCUCUUGCCGUGACCUCAUCUGGAUUGGCACCAGUGCUGGAGUAUUACUCACCAUACCAGCUCAAGGUUACGAUAAGGGAACCACUAAUGUUGUACCCACUGGUAUACCCCAUGGACACACCGGACAUGUACGAUUCCUAACAUUUGUAGAAACUUCAGGUACCUCUACCACCAAUUCCAGCACAGAAAGUUCUUCAAGUUGUAAAACAGAAGCCGACUCCUCCUCUUCGGCUGGUUCGAAAUCGCCCAAACCCCAAAAGGAUAAUGCACAAACAAAUCAAGCCAAUGCUGGUGGUAGUGCUGCUAAUAUACUCAUUAUAUCGGGUGGUGAUGGUUAUGAGGAUUUCCGUAAUUCGGGUGCCAAUUCAUUGAGUGAAAUUGCCGGUCGCGAAGACAGCACGAAUCAUCUGCUGAUAUGGCAAAUUUGAAGCCGAAAGCGUAAAAAUCGUUGGCGGGUUUUACUCAAACGUUGGAAAAACAAUAAUUAACAUUCAUACAGACAGACAGACAGACAGACAGACAGAAACACACACAUAGCAGAGAAAUAUUAAUUAUUUAAACAAUUAAGUUUGUUUGGUAUGUUGUUAACGGUUUUUGUUUUUUUAACAUAGCAACAGGAGUAAUGCAUUUGUUAUCGAUUUUUAAUGGAAAUUAAUUUUUUCAGCAUAAUAACAAUAAUAGAAACACAAUAAUUUUAAUAAACAUUUAAAUAAUAAUUAUUUUGUAUUUCAAGGUUCCAUAAGAAAUUUAUCUAAAGAUUUGAUGAAAAAUUAAAUAUGUGCCAAACUAAGAUUUCCUUUUAAAGUAAUUUUAUUAGUUGGUUUUUUAUUAGAACAAACAAGAUUUUUUAUUAGUUUAAAGUAAAAAUAAUAGUAAACCAUGGUUUCAAAUCAUGAAUUUUUUAUUUUUGAAAAAUUUUACACAUAUUGAUGAUAAGUUUUUAAGGGGAAGUAUACCUUAGUGUUUAGAGAGUAUUUGAAAAUUGUGUUAUAAUGAUAAAAGCUUAUUUCUAUGAAUAAUAUUACUAUUGCUUAAAAAGCUUUAUUUUGAUUUAUAUAAUUUUCUGUUAUUUUGAAAAAAAAUGUUGAUUGAAGGCUAACGCUUUUUUUUGUUAAAAAGCUCGUAAAAAAUUUUACUAUCUUUAAAAUUUUUUUACGAAAAAAGCUUUUUGAUUACAAUAAACGAUGUGUUAAAAUAAGUUAUUUUUGUUAAGGAAAGUGUGUAACUUUAAAAUUUUUUUAAAGCUUUUUUGGUAAAAGCAUAUCUUUUCCAUUUUUGAAAAGAUUUGUGGUAAAAGCUUUCGAUUGAAAUGCUUUUUUGUUUAAACUAAUUCACUUUAAGUAUUAUCUUUAAAAACUUCUUUUAGUUUAAAAAUCUUACUUUGUUGGGAAGAGAUACUGUUGUUUACAAAAGCUUUUUUUUUGCAGAAAAAGCUUUUUUGGUAAAAACUUUAGAAGUCUUAUUAAAGUCUUAUUAAAGUUUAAAACGUCCUUUAUUGAGAGAGAUAAUGGUUUAAAAAAGCUUUUUUGAUAACAAUUGCUAAUGACUUUCUUCAAAAGCUUUUAUUCAGAAAAAGUUUGUAUAUUUAAGUUCUGAGAUUUAAAAAAGUUUAUUAAUUUGACAAAAAAAAAAACUAAAGUUUUAAAGUGUUAAGUAUUUUUAAAGCUUUUUGUAGCAUACGUUUUUUUGAUAAACAAUUUCCAUUUGCCUUCUUCAAAAGCUUUUUUCAUUUGGAAAAGUUUUCUGUAUUUAAAAAAAAAUUAUUUUCAAUAAAAAAAUUUUAAAACUUUGAUAUUAAAAAGCUUUCUUUUCCUCAAAAGCUUUUGAUUACUUCAUUUAUUGAAAAAUAAGUAUGUUUAAAAAUAGUUUGUAAAAAUAUUUUCUUUAAAAGCUUUUUUAUAUGAGAAGCAUUUAAAGAAAAGCUCAUUUAUUUACUAAAGCUUUUUUGAGGAAAUAUUCAAAAAUUCUUUUGCUUGAAAAAGCUUUCAUUCUUUAGGGUAAUGUAAGUUUAUAAAAGCUUUAUUGAAUUAAAGUUCAUAUGCAAAUUUUUUAUUCAAAAGCCUUUUAAUAGGGGAACAAAUUUGAGGUGUUUAAAAAAGUUUAUAAUCUAUACAUGAGUUCAUCAAAAGCUUUUUCACUUGAGAAGAGGUUUCUGUUUUAUAAUAAAGUUUAUUCAUUUGGAAAAAAAGUAAAGCUUUAAAGUGUAAACUAUUUUUAAUAAUUUCUUCAAAAGCUUUUUCACUUAAGAACAUUUUUCUGUAUCCUAAUAAAGUUUAUUUAUUUGGUGAACAAAUAAAGCUUUUUGUUGAUAAACAUUUUUAAAGAAUUAUAUAUAUCUACGCUGGUGUUAUAAAAGCUUUCAGGUAAUAUUAUUAUUUUAGGAAAGGGAUUACAUGUUUUUGGUAUAUUUCCCCUUUUAAAAGCUCAAACAAAUAUAACCCCGCCCACAAGCCCUGAAAUAUAUAUUUUGUAAAAUAAAGAAACAAACGGUUUAAAAUGAAAUUUUUUGAACAAAUUUUAAUUUAUAAAAAUGAAUUUUUAACAUUUUUUUAUAAUUUAUCUUUAAACAAUAAUUAAUAGAAAUAAUA